AUGGUGCACAUGAAUGUCCUAGCUGAUGCUCUCAAGAGCAUCAACAAUGCUGAGAAGAGAAGCAAAUGCCAGGUCCUCAUCAGGCCCUGCUCCAAAGUCAUCGUUAGGUUCCUAACUGUGAUGAUGAAGCAUGGUUACAUUGGUGAGUUUGAAAUCAUUGACGACCACAGAGCUGGGAAAAUCGUCGUGAACCUUACAGGCAAGUUGACCAAGUAUGGAGUGAUAAGCCCUAGAUUUGAUGUGCAACUCAAAGACCUAGAAAAAUGGCAGAACAAUCUGCUCCCAUCCUGUCAGUUUGGCUUCAUUGUACUGACAACCUCAGCUGGCAUCAUGGACCAUGAAGAAGCAAGACGAAAACACACAGGAAGAAAAAUCCUUAGAUUCUUUUUCUAG